CUUAACCUUGGAGACGAUAUCGUGAAAGUUGUAAUUGAUUGGAGCAAGCUUCAAAACACAUCGGCACUUCAGCCAACGUUGCUCUUUAGUGCACUUCAGCAGCAUAUUUUAUGUUUGCAGCCUCUUUUAGAAAAACUCCAGUCCUUGAUUAAAGAGGAAAAUAUAGGCCAUGUUGACCCUGCAGGUAAAGCAGAAGGCCAGACUUGUGAAACAAGUUUAGAUGUUUAUGAUGGUAACUGUCAGACUGAAGAAAAGUGUGCAAGUUAUGACUUGGGAGAUCUGAAGGAUACUCAUAUUAAUUUUGAUCCAGAGGUGGUCCAAAUAAAAGCCGGAAAAGCAGAAAUUGACAGGCGGAUAUCAGCCUUCAUCGAGAGGAAACAAGCUGAGAUCAAUGAAAAUAAUGUCAGGGAAUUUUGCAAUGUUAUUGAUUGUAAUCAAGAAAAUAGCUGUGCCAGAACAGAUGCAAUUUUCACACCCUAUCCUGGAUUUAAAAGCCAUAUAAAGGUUUCUAGGGUAGUAAAUACAUAUGGACCUCAGACUAGAUCGGAAGGAUCACAUGGGUCCAGUCACAAAACCAGUGUCCCCGUUCAUGAUUGUGGGAACCAAGCUGUUGAGGAGAGAUUGCAGAACAUUGAAGCACACUUACGGCUACAAACAGGUGGUCCUGUACCAAGAGACAUUUAUCAGAGAAUUAAGAAGCUUGAAGAUAAAAUCCUUGAGCUGGAAGGACUGUCUCCGGAGUAUUUCCAAUCUGUAAGCUGUUCUGGCAAGAGGAGAAAGGUUCAACCUCCCCACCAGAACUAUUCAUUGGCUGAACUUGAUGAAAAGAUCAAUGCUAUAAAACAGGCAAUACUGAGGAAAACGAAAGAAAGCAAGUCCAAGGAGGCUGAGAGGCUUCUUCGAUGAAGAAAAAUCUUUUCAGAAUCAUCAUCAGGCUUUACACAUACCUAAACCGUAGACCUGAGUAGUGUUCAUCAGGGCUGACUUGAGCAAUGAAAAAAAAGCAUGCACAUAAGCUCCUUCUGGAUGAUCUUGAAGGCUUGCUUUCCGAAGAGCUCCAUUAAAAACAAUCUUAACAAAAUAGUGACUGU